AGAAGAAGUAGAUGUUGCGACAGAAAAAACGCUUGACGGCAGCGUCAAACUGCUUCCGCCUUGGACGUGCGAGGACUAUUAAAUAACACAACAAUCGGAAUUAUCUGGAAAACAACCUCGACAUGAUAGAAGCUGUGGCCAUGACUGCAACAUGCCCAGGCUUGUACUGUGGCAGGAUACUGUUCAACGGUUCUGUUGAGAGAGACUGUGGCGUUUGUCCUCGUGGAGAGCGGGCCAACAACCAGAAGGUGUGCGAACGCUGCACCGAGUUCCCCGAGCUUUAUGAUUGGCUCUACCUGGGCUUCAUGGCCAUGUUGCCUCUCGUAUUGCACUGGUUCUUCAUUGAGUGGUAUUCGGGGAAAAAAAGUUCCAGUGCUUUCCUGCAACACAUCACUGCCAUGGUGGAGUGCAGCAUGUCGGUUGUGUUCACAUUGCUGGUGACCGAGCCCGUCGGGAUGCUCACUAUCCACUCCUGUCGGGUCCAGAUGCUGUCAGACUGGUACACCAUGCUUUACAAUCCCAGUCCAGACUACAUCAACACGUUACACUGCACCCAGGAGGCUGUCUACCCACUAUACACAAUCGUGCUAAUCUACUACGCCUUCUGCUUGGUCCUGAUGAUGCUGCUGCGCCCGCUACUCGUUAAGAAGAUCGCAUGUGGUCUGGGCAAGUCGGACAGAUUCAAGAGCAUCUACGCUGCUUUGUACUUCUUCCCCAUCCUCACGGUGCUGCAGGCUGUCGGGGGAGGACUUCUCUAUUAUGCGUUUCCCUACAUCAUACUGGUCCUGUCUCUGGUCACUUUGGCCGUGUACAUGUCGGCCUCUGAAAUACAGUCCUUCAAGAACCUGGUUGCCAAGAAGAAGCGUCUGGUGGUCUUGUUCAGCCACUGGUUGCUGCACGCGUACGGCAUCAUCUCCAUCUCGCGCCUGGACAAGCUGGAGCAGGACCUGCCGCUGCUGGCCCUGGUGCCCGGGCCCGCCCUGUUCUACAUCGCCACAGCUAAGUUCACGGAACCGAGCCGAAUCCUGUCGGAGGGCGGAAACGGACACUGACCUUUUCUAACCACACGGACUCAUGGAAGCCAUAUAUAAAAAUAUAUAUCUUUUUUAGCCUCGUUGCUUCAGAGAAAUGGUCUUUCCCAAUGUUCUGUCCAAUGGAGCUGCUUCCUCAAAAAGAGCUAACUAGACACGAUACAAUCCCGCUCAUUUAGGUUACAAAUAACGCUCCCACUGUAGCAUCGCGGUUAAUUACCCUAAACUCCAAACUAGAAGCAGCUACUUUUUUCCUGCACUUAAUUAACUUACAAGACGGUGCGACUAAUGAAUGGAUUUUUCCUUCGCCGACGGCCAUAAUACAAAUACAGGUAAAAGCCAGUAAAUUAGAAUAUUUUGAAAAACUUGAUUUAUUUCAGUAAUUGCAUUCAA